AUGACAGAACGCACAGUAUCUACCGACUCGUCGCCGACGCUCGCCAACGAGGCGGCCAAGGUCGUUGACGACAAAUUCGACAAGGUCGACACCGCCAACCUCGACAAGGAGAAGUCUCCCUCCCUUGAACCACCCACCCCCGCCCCCACCCACUCCCCACCCCCCGACGGAGGCCGCGAAGCAUGGCUCGUGAUCCUCUCGACCGCGCUGGUCCUCUUCACCAUGUUCGGCCUCAUGACGUCGUUUGGCCAGUUGAUGCUGUAUUACAUGGAGCACCAGCUGCGCAACUCGUCCAAAUCGGACAUUGCCUGGAUCUCGUCGGUCCAAGGCGGCGUCAUGUUCAUGGGCUCGACACUCUCUGGCCGCGUGUUCGACGUGUAUGGCACCAAGUGGCUCGUGCGGAUCGGCACGACGAGCUCCUUUGCGGCCUUGAUCGCCAUUGCCUUCUGUAAAGAAUACUACCAGUUCAUGCUCGCGCACCUCUUCUUCGGGCUCGCAGGCGCGUUCGUCUAUUCGCCAUGUACCGCGAUCGCAGGGCACUGGUUUGCCAAGCGGCGCUCGACGGCGAUGGGCGUCAUUCUUGCGGGCACAGGGCUCGCAGGCGUGCUGUACCCCAUUGUGCUCGCGCGGCUGUUCGCGCGCUUCUCGUUCCGCGACUCGAUGCUCAUCGUCGCUGGGAUCAACGCUCUGCUGAUGGCGCCCAGCUGGGUAUGGAUGAAGGCCCGCCUGCCGCCCAAGACGCCGCCGCCGUGGGCCGACCUCCUCAAGCCGUGGCGCGAGCCGCCGUACGCCUUCCUCGCGGCCGGCGCCGCGCUCGUCAUGCUCAACUGGUUCACGCCGUACUUCCAGGCGCCGCUGUACACGUCCGCGUCGGGCCUCGAGGCCAAGUACACCACGUACGCCGUCACGCUUGUGCAGGCCGGCGCGACGGUCGGGCGGCUCGGCGGCGGGAUCCUCGCGGACCACUUUGGCGCGUGGCGCAUGUUCUUCGCGUUUGGCACCGCCACGGCCGUGUCGCUUUUCGCCUUCUGGACAGUCUUCCCCACCCCGACGCCGGUCGCGGUCAUCGGGCUGGUCAGCUACGGCCUCACGUCCGGCGCGUACGUCACGCUUGUGGCUGGCGCAUGUGCGACCGUGUCGCCCUUACCCGAGCUCGGCAUGCGCAUGGGCAUGGUGUGGACCCUCGGCGGCGCCAUGUCCCUCGUCGGCCCCGCCAUCUCGGGCCAGCUCAUCGAGCGCGCCGGCGGCCGCUUCACGUACGCUGCCAUCUGGGCCGGGUGCACCAUCCUCGCCGGGGUGUGGAUCGCCAACGCGCCCAAGAUUCUCCUUGUCGCGCGCCGUGUGUUUGGCAGCAGGAAGGAGGAGCAGCAGUCGCCGGCGUAA